AUGCUUCGCAAGCGACGCAAUCUGGCAGAGGAACAGCGCGACGCGAUGCCAGGCGUCAAGCUCGACGGUGACAAGGCCGCGCUUGACCGUCGCCAGGUGUUCGAAUUCCCCUGGACGACCUUUACCAGGAUCCCUAGUCUGCCCACACAAAUUCCCCCUGGGUUCCCUGGACGGCCUGACCCAACGGACGACGAGGACGAAGAUGACCGCCCAGGUCGACCCGCGCCGACGUCAACUGAUCUGCCGACUCCGUCCUCCAGCGACCUGCCGUCCACCACUGCCAGCGUGUUCACCAGCGUGUCCACGUUAAUUCGUUCUCCAACAACCUCAAGCACGCCGACUUCCUCCUCGACCACACCGACCAGCACAUCAUCUACCCCACAGGCCCCAGCGACAACACCAACAACGCCGACGGUCAUUGUUGCACCAACGACCAGCGACAUUACCACUGUCCCAGUCAGGACAAUCACCAGUUACGUGCGCUCGCCGAGCAGCACCGCAAGCAAUGCAGCAGCAAGCAACGCUGCAGAAGAUACCGAGGGUGGUACCAACACCGGCGCCGUCGUCGGCGGUAUCAUCGGUGGCAUAGCGGGCAUCGCAGCCCUCGCUUUCAUUAUCGCUUUCUUCUUGCGCCGUCAACGAAAGCGAGAUUCGAACACGUUCAACGCUUCCGAAUUCCGUCGUUCAGCGAUCUUAAUGAACGACCCGCCGACUCACGAGGAUACCGUCGCGCGAGGAUACAACCCACCAGCUCCUUCGAUGACCGAGCGUGGCCUGCCACCAACUCCGGGUUAUGCCAUGAGCCCGCCUAUGACCGCGGCUUCUCCAUACGCCGUGCCCACCUAUCACGACCAUGGCUACAAUGCGCUGUCGCCUGCCACUUCCACUCCCGGAUAUGGCGGAGGUUAUGAUGCCAACGAUGGCAGUCCCAACUUUGCAGGAUACGGUGCGAUGGGUGGUAUGGCAUACAACCAAGCUCCAAUCCCGGCUUGGUCUCCUGGUCAGGUCGUCACCAGUAACCCCUUCACAAACCCAGCGGAUUACGCCCAAUCACCGUACACUCCUGCCGGUGGUCCUGUUUCACCUUACUCCGACCAGGCCGGCGGAUAUCAACACGGUUAUCAACAAGGACCGCCUGCAGGCCAAGCGCCCCAGGACGCGGCCGUCGUCGCUGAAAUCGGAGGAGCAGCAGUCCUCACUCGAGCCGUUUCCACUAAGUCGAAGACUUCGAAACGCGAUCUGUCCAUUUCUGUUCCCGCCAAACCUGCCGAGCCAGCUGUUGUCCCUGUCAACUACCCAACUCUUUCUCGAACUGGUUCUCGGAGGAAGCCCGCUCCUCCAGUCGAAGAUGAAGCUGCACCUCAAACCCUCCAGGCUCCUAUCCAAGAGACGGACGAUAUCCCCACUGGUGACUAUGUGGACCUCGCUCGAGCUAGCGUUUCUCCCUUCCAAGCCGCGCAAUACGCCGAGAUCUCAAGGAAAUUGAACUCUGAAGUCCCCCAAGGAUUGCCGACACCUAUGGUCGAACAGUUGUUGCAAGGAAGGGACCGCGACCUGCCAGCACUUCCUCCUCCCUCGCCUUUGGCCGUCGCCAGCCCAGCUCAAAACGGCAAUGCAUCGCUCCCUGUUGUCCCCCCUGAAGACGCCGCCAAGACUCGCACCUCUCUCGACAGCCUCCAGUCCAUCACCAAUGCCCAACCUGAUAUCGUUGGCGACUUCCCGAUCCCACCACCCUCGCCAGCAUUCACGGUCUCCUCCCGCCACCGCGUCGAGUCCCUCCCUCCCCGACUCCCCGAGAUCGCCGUUGACGCAGCGCGCGUGAGCGUUGGUUCCUACGCCGCCUACGAAACUUCCUCCAACGGACACGGCAGCCUCGCACACCACCCGCAGUUCAAGGGCGCGAUGGGCCAACACGCCAACUUCUCCGCCGGAAGCUUGGCCACCACUACCUCUGCCGAUCACCACGACACGUACAACUACCACAAGAGCUACAGCGGCCCUGCACCUCCCAACAGCGCAGGUGGUCUGAGUUCAGGUCGUAUCCGCAACGAACCGGCGUUCCCAAGUGGAGUGACGAUGGGCGGUAGUCCGUUCUUGCAGAACAGGUUCCCCGUUACGCCUAGCCCUCUCGCGACGAAUUUCUCGGUCCCUCCUGUACCUCCCUCGUCCUUCUCUCCUACGAACGCGAAGGUGUUUGGAAGUAGCGGGAGUAGCCUUGGCCAUGGAUCCUCGUGCUUGAGGCAGGAAGUCGACUUUGAUGUUGACGUGCACCACGUUGCUUCCCAUGCUGCGCCUGAUGCUCCGGGUCCGAAGGUUGAGGAGGAUAAACAGGUGGAGCAGAAGGGCAAGGAGAAGGAGAGUGAUGAACAGGGGAGGGCUGCUGAAGCGAGGGCUGAGGUUGUCGAGGGAAAGAAGAAGGAGAGGCCGCUCACCUCGUAUUCGAUGUAUGAUCCUGACGAUGCGUAUGGCGGGAUCUAA